AAAUUUUAUGAAUAAGCAUCAGAAGCCAGUGCUAACAGGCCAGCGGUUCAAAACUCGGAAAAGGGAUGAAAAAGAGAAAUUCGAACCCACAGUCUUCAGGGAUACACUUGUCCAGGGGCUUAAUGAAGCUGGUGACGACCUUGAAGCUGUAGCCAAGUUUCUGGAUUCCACGGGCUCAAGAUUAGAUUAUCGUCGCUAUGCAGACACACUCUUCGAUAUCCUGGUGGCUGGCAGUAUGCUUGGUAAGCCCUGCGUUAUAGAUUCUUCUUGUAGUACUUUAAAUUCCAUUGAAAUAUUUUCUUAGGUGAUAAGAUCUUUA